UGGUGCGGCUGCUUUUAGUGCAUCGGCCCCACUCGAGCAUGAAGCUUAACCUUUUGGAAUAUACAUUGUAAUCCUCUGGAGACUCGCAGCGCCCACCAAACGAAACAUAAUUUGUAACUGCUGCGAUACAGGCAGUGAACUUUGAAAGCAGUGGACAUAAGGGGAGAAGCCAUGGCUGAGCAUAUGAUGAUGACUAUGAACCAUGGAGCUGUUAACAGUGGCCUGCAUGGCUACAGAAUGGGUAUGAAUGGAGGCCUGCAGGCAGGCACCCAACAGCAUGCUCCCCAACCCAGCAUCAGAGCCAUGCCCAACGGCCAAAUGAUGCACUAUGGAGGGGGGCCCCAGGGCGGCAUGGAAGCCGCUAUGAGACAGAGACCAAACAUGGUUGGACCCAUGAAUGCUCAGAUGAAUGGAGCGCAGAUGGGCCACCAUCAAAUGACAUCUGCUAACAUGAUGUACAACAGCCAGAGUCAACAACAACAACAACAACAACAACAGCACCUUUCCCAGCAACAGCAACACCAUCAUAUGCACCAACACCAGCAACAACAGCAGCAACAACAACAUCAGGCUCAACACCAGCAUCCACAGCAGCCGCAGCAGCAGUACAUGACUGGAGGCCUCACCUCGCAGCAACUCAUGGCCAGCAUGCACCUGCAAAAACUCAACACCCAAUACCACGGACACCCAUUGGGGCCAAUGAAUGGGAAUCAUAUGGGUAAUGGAGCCCAGUUCCGCAUGGGCCCUGCCCAACUGGCCAACAUGCAGCACAUGGCUGGCCCGGCGCUUGGGCUCAAUGGUAUGGACACGGAUUUGAUCGACGAGGAAGUUUUGACGUCCCUGGUCAUGGAGCUGGGACUGGACAGGGUGCAGGAACUGCCGGAGCUCUUCUUGGGACAGAACGAAUUUGAUUUCAUCUCAGACUUCGUGAGCAAACAGCAGCCGAGUACUGUUAGCUGCUGAGGGUCAUGAUGGCAAUACCCUCAAACCUGGGGGGGGGGCUGGAUAGAGACCAUUGGGGAUGACUUGCAGCGAGAGCCGACAGUGGCUCUGUUUUCGUUUUUUUGCGACGGCGGGCUGCAAGGCGAAGCGGAGAAGAGAAAAUUGUUUCUCUGGAUUGCCAGAGGAGUUGGCUGUGUUCUUGCCAGAGCUGCAGUUUUUUUUU